AUUAUAAUGUUAAUUUUUGAAAUAAAUGCAUAAAAAAUCGUGGAAAGCCUAUUCUGUUGGUCAGUUCGAUUUAUGUAUUUCCUAUAAAGCCUAAAACAUGGCUUUCGUAUAUCAAGGCGAUUCGGACUUAGAAGCUAAGUCUAAAAAAACUGCCGAGCGCAUCUCGGAGAACAUGCACAUAGUGGCCAACGAGCCGUCGCUGGCGCUGUACCGGCUGCAGGAGCACGUGCGCAAGGCGCUGCCGCCCAUGGUGGAGCGGCGGGCCGACGUCACCAAGCUACAGACUGAGCUGCAGGGCCGCUGCUACGACGUCGAGUAUGCGUUGAGUGCCGUCAAAUCAAUGGAUGCAGCAGUUACCAGUUUCAAAAACAUUCAAGAGAUGCUGAAGCAAUCAAUAUUUUUAAAACAACAAUUAAAAUAUGAGGAGGCUAGAAGAAAUAAAAAAGAUACCAGUUCAGUUUACAAACGCCUAUCUGCCCAUAUUGUGUUAGAUCUGCCAGACUUAUCAGAGUUUUCAAUGGUGAGGGAAACCACUAACAGGAUUGAGAGUAUGAUGUCCCAUGCAAGAGGUUCUUCCAAUGAACUGCACAGAUCACACACCACAUUGCAUUAACGCGUUGAGUGUCAAUGGUACCUCAUACAAUACUAGUGAUGGUAUGGAUUCCAUGUGUUAAAUGGCGAAUGCUUUUUACCUAGACUUGUGAGAUGCACCUUGUCAAGGCUUGCAGGCACUUUUGGGUCCUCAGAAUCUAACAAAAUGUGAGUAUUAAAUAGAUAAUUAUCAGUGUCAAUUUCACUUUUAGGAGGCAAUGUUGGAUCUUUAAUGCAAAAUGUUUCAUUUUGUAUUGCCUCUAUUUACAGUACUUAAAGUGUUCUUUGGACAUAACAUCACCAGUUUACUCUAUGAAAGGAUUUGUAAGCUGUAUCCUAAAGGAUACAUGGUAACUGAACUAUGCAUGCAUAAUAUUAUUAAAAUGCUAACAAUGGGCCUGUAGUGUAGUGGCUAGACUAGCUUAUGUCCUUGUAACUAACUGCAAUAUAAUGGAAGUAAUGCUUAGAGAUUAUCAUUGUAUUAACACUGUUUGUAAUUCACUGUGUAUCUUGAAUGUUGUGGUGUUUAAUCAUUAAACAAUGGUUACUAACAAGUU